CCACAAACAACUCACAAACAAAUCAAUACAACUUUUACCUUUUGCAAUUAUGUGAUUCAUUACCAUCAUUUAAGAGAUUCAUCUCUUUACACUCGUUUAUUACAAUCGCAGCGGGACUUUCUGGGGAUUAUAGCUUCUUUGAAAACGAGCAAGGAUAGUUCGGGACAAUUCCAUUGGAACCAGCUAAUCCUUAUCAUCACAUCCGGGAAAGGUCCGAGAAGGGAUUCACAUUUUAAAUUUCACUCAUAUGCAUUUGUGAUGCGUAGAAUACGUAAAAUCAACACUAUAUCACACCGAACGGAUCAAAAUAUGAGGAACACAGUGGUGGAAAUAUCAGAAUGUCACCACACCGUGAACACAAAGGAAGGAGACAGUCGUGAUAUUGGACGUUCAAAUUCCACCUCAGAUCAUUUUCACUCAUCGCGACGACCCAAAUCAGCUUCUUGGCAAACAAAACCAUUUGUCAUUGCAUUCACGAAGCAGAUCAUCUUACUUCUUGUCGUCAUACCGCUCCUUUCAUCGACUGUGUUAGACGUGACAGAAGCAAUCGGGAUACAACAACGGAGCAGCAUACUGUCCGGGGUAUAUGCAUCAGACAACUUUCUACAAAGAAGGCUCUUCGGAUUGGAAAAGGCAGCAAGUUUUGCAGCACAAGAAUCAUUCCAAGAAGAUCAGCAGCGGCCAAGUGGAUAUCUACAACAGCCGUUCCUUAUCGCUGGCUCGAAUGACAACAUUUCAGGCUCUUCUUUAAAGACGGAUGGAAAUGGAAAUUUGGUAGGAAGUGAAAUCAAUGUGAUCAAUGCUACAACGGGAGGUCCAAUGAGCCUACAGGAAGUCAAUGAAGAGCGAUGGGGACAAACAUCUGCAUAUAUGCCGUCUUCAAAUCGAGUCUUAUUCACCGGUGGGCAGGUCAAAAGUUCUGAAGAUGGUGUGAUCAGGGUCACAAAUGAUGUCUUCACGCUUGACAUGUCCAAUGGAACAAUUGCAAAUGGAUAUCUCAAACAGACAACCGAAGCUGGACAGAAUAGAUGGCACAGAAGUUCUUCUGAUGCUCUCCCACCCCAUGCCUUUGCUGCUCGGGCAGUCACGCAUACUGGCGAUCAUCAAGGUGAACAAAUAUUUGUCAUAGGUGGGGCCACUGCAGAUUGUAGUAUUAGCAAUUCUCCGGUUUACGUUUGGAAUGCUGCCAAGCAUGGUCAAGUGAGUGGCAGCUGGUCAGCGCCAAAUAUUUCCAUGGGUCAAACAAUUCCGCCUCGUCGACGUGGAAUGUCUGCUAUGCAGGUUCCGGUGAGCAUUGGCUUGAAUUCGAGCGAGGCAGAGGCUGCCAGACAGAAGGGUGGAUCAUCCUUUAUGGUCGUGGGAGGGUAUACGGAUUACACAACGUGUAAUAGCAGCACAUCAAACUCUUCCCAAGCACCAAAUGCUUAUCCAUAUGUUGAUAUUUGGACAACGGAUAAAAGUGGAGAGUCUAUGUCUGUUCGCACAUUGCCGAUCGAUUCAAGAAUGCCAAAUAUGUCAAUCUAUGACUAUUCCGCCGUCGUUCUUCCCGCCAAUGAGACUGCAAAGCAAAACACAAGAAUCUUGUUUGUUGGCGGUCGAGAUGUAUUUGGUGCAUUUACACCGAUGAAUCAGUUGUGGACGCUGGACAUCGAAACCAAUGUUUGGCAGCGAAUGGAAACGACAAAUGGAACUAACACAGGUUUGGAUAUUCCACUUGGCAGGACUGGUCAUUCAUCCACCUUGAUGGACGAUGGUACGAUAUUGGUUCAUGGAGGCUAUGUUACCCUAGAUAAUAGUCAACCUCCUUCAAAUGAUACCUAUUAUCUCGAUCCGAGGGUUGACCCUGCCGUUUGGAAUAAACUUUAUCCAAACACUACCGGUGGAAGCACACCUGGUAAAGCAUACCACACCGCGAUCAUGGCGAAUGGUAUCUAUAUGGUCGCCUUUGGUCAACAGGGUACAGUCAGCGGUGCACCUUCUACCACUUUGCAGCAAAGGGCCGAUGCUCAGUCUUCACCCGUCCUUUACCUUGACACUCGAUCACCAGGGCAAUGGAGCUGGACGACAGAUCUUGGCACUAUCCUAGCUGCUCGUGAAGAAGGCUCAUCCUCUUCGUCAAUCAAUCCUCCAUUGAGCCCUCCAUCUCCUUCAUCCUCGCCGAGUCCAGUACAAGCCUCAGCUGCGAGUAGCGAAAUGUCUUCUCAAUCAACUCAACAAUCCACAGAGCAACAGACAGCAUCUUCGAGUCCUACACCAGCACAGUCAAUUGAAGCACCCGCACCGCAACAGAGCAAAGAUGACGAUGGCAGUUCCGAUGGAGGCCCAUCUUCAAAGACCACGCACACCGCCGUGAUUGCUUCCGUUGUCGGUGCUUUAGCUAUUGCAGCAAGUUUGGGUGGUUUGUAUGCAGCUCGCAAGAGAAGAGAAGCAAGGAAUAGUGAUGCUGAUAGCGUAGGUGAUGACAAGUACGAAAGAUAUACUGGUGAUCGUGAUGCGCCUCCCGUUUCUUCUCUAUGGAUCAAUCAACCAAUGGCAUGGGCAGGAAAUGCAGGAAAAGGUCUGAGAAGGCAAGCUAGUAUGGCAACUGAGAAAUUCUUGGCAAGGACGUUGAGUAGAAGAAAUGUUGCUGCAGGUACCAUGCAAGCCGGAAAUAUGCGAGCAAUGCAAGAUGCUUCUGCAUCUGGUGCCUAUGAUGGAGAUCGAGCGCAACAUAUUUCCAGAGAUGCUGAUAAUCUCUCAAUCGCAUCCAAUGAUACUUUCACUGCUUUCCGUACCAUCCCAUUGGGUAGCAGAUUCAGUAUCAGACGUUCGAGAAAGCAGCCAAUGGAAGAUAUGGUCAAUGAUAUGCAGACAGAUCCAUUCAGUGAUGAAGCAGGACGCGAGUAUGAAAUCAAUCCAAGUUUACGUAAGCAUAUGAAGCCAUUACCAGAAGAUUUCAUCAAAUCUCUUUUAGAUGAUGGUGAUUUCUUGGCCCAUAGCAAUAUCAAAAGAACUGUAGGAGGCGGAAAGUACCUACAAUCUCCCGAACAGAGUUCGCCUCGGCCCGAAAAUCGUUCAAGAGAGAGUCUUUUCUCUGAAGACGGUGUAUCACAUUACUCGUAUCCUUACCUCGCAACUAUCAAUCGAUCAAGUAUGGGUGCUCCUUACUCCGCUAGAUCGUCCACGUUCACACCGACAAGCAGCCAAGCAGCAGGUAUGGAUGAAGAUUUCCCCACGCCAAGGCAUGAUGGUCAAUUAACUCCUGGUAUGGUUCGAAUCAAUCAAGAUUUGGCCGAUGAAUACGACACCGAGAUGAUGCUACAAUCAGAGCGAUUUGAAACGCCAACAAUUGAUACUGAAAACCAUGCAAGUGAUUUACACGAUUAUGCAGCCGAAGAUGCUAUCGAUUUUUCGGGAGCGAUGACAAAACCUUCUCCGCUUGUUCAAAAGAAGAAUUUGAUUUUGCAAACUCCAAAUCGACAAGACAGUCCUAGAGAUUGGUUCAAGAGUCGUUUACCAUUCCUAGAACAGCCUAGUAGCAAUCUGUUCAUGAACCCACAUCCUGCCUUGCUUUCCAUUGCUACACAAAAGAUGUUGGCUGGCGAACAUGAUGAAGAAGGAAAUCAAACACCUUCAAGGUCCUUGCGUAUCACAAACGAAGAGUGAUUUCGCCUAUUUCUUUAUUUCAUUAAUAUCCUGCACUCUCUCUUUCUCCUACACACAUUCUUUUUUCCACAGAUGAAUAUACUGUUCAGCUUGUAUUUGUAGACCAUGGGCGCUUUAUUAAUUAUAUCUUCA